CUGUGCUCCAUGGAGCUGCAGGGUGCUAUGGGGCCAUGGCAAUGCCUUGGGCUGUGCCCCAUGGAGCUGCGGGGUGCUACGGGGCCAUGGCAAUGCCUUGGGCUGUGCCCCAUGGAGCUGCGGGGUGCUAUGGGGCCAUGGCAAUGCCUUGGGCUGUGCCCAAUGGAGCUGCGGGGUGCUACGGGGCCAUGGCAAUGCCUUCAUCUGUGCCCCAUGGAGCUGCAGGGUGCUAUGGGGCCAUGGCAAUGCCUUGGGCUGUGCCCCAUGGAGCUGCCCACCCUGCAGAAUGGUGCAGUUUGCAGAACAGAACAGCACAGCCGGCCUGCGGGCGCUGCACCUGAAUGUCAGCAGGGCCAUGGCCCAAGGUCUGCUCCUCGCAUUCUCCCCUGCUGAGGGCCCCGCAGUGAUCAGCUCAGCAGAGGAAGGGACAGCAGGCACCAUCCGGCUCCCCAGCGGGGCGUUCCCAGCCCCGAGCAGCCAGGCAGUGCGCGUGGUGGUGACUGUGCUCAACAUCCAGCAGCUCGCCAUGUUCCAGGAGGACAAGCAGAUGGGAAAGGUCCUGGACGACACCGUGGUGGGCAUCGUGGUUGGGAAUGGGGACGUCUCAGAGCUGCAGGACCCCGUGCAGCUCACCUUUGCCUACCAGCAGCUGCCACAUAAUGUCACCCCGCUGUGUGUUUUCUGGGAGCCCAGCAAAGGGCAGGCAGGAGGCUGGAGCAGCCACGGAUGUGUCACACAGCCCAAGGACAAGGAGACAGUCUGCACUUGUGACCACCUCUCCUUCUUCACCCUCCUCCUGAACCCAUCCCUGGACGGAUCUACAGCACAGACGUUGGUGGCUGUGGCCAAUGCUGGUUGUGGUGUGGCUGUGGCUUUCUCCAUCUUCACUUUUGCCUUCUACAUCUUCUUAAGGUGCAGUUACAAACAGCUCAGGUCUGAGGACACCCUCCGCAUCAACCUGGGGCUGCACAUGAACCUGGUCAGCAGCCUGCUCCUGCUCAACCUGGCUUUCCUGCUCAGCAGUGGGCUCUCCAGCAGAGCACCUCCUGGGCUGUGCAGUGCCCUGGGGGGGCUCACCCACUACUGCCUGCUCUGCUGCUUCACCUGGACGGCGCUGGAGGGCUGUCACCUCUAUCUCCUUUUUGUCAAGGUCCUUGGCACCUACAUACACCACUACCUGCUGAAGCUGUGCAUCGUUGGAUGGGGCUUCCCUGUUCUGGUGGUGGGGGUGGCAGGAGCCAUUGGCAGCUAUGGAAAACACAGCAUUGGGACAGUGGACAACCAGACCAUAAUCGACCUGUGUGUGGCACACGCCUGCAGGAUUUGGGCGGCCCUUUUGCCAUGGGGAGGGGUUCCCAUAGAUGUAUGGGGAGCAGAGCUACUGGAAGCAUUGCAGUUGUUUCUUUCCAGGUGCUGGAUCAAUUCUGAGCACCUCCUCGUCCACUACAUCACAAACUGCGGCUACUUCGGCCUCAUCUUCCUCUUCAACACCAUCAUCUUCGGGGUGGUGGCCUGGAAGAACUGCCACCUGUGGAGGAGCGGGGUGAUGCAGGGGCACUGCAAGGCCUGGAAGGUGGUCCUGGCAGCGAUGGGUCUCUUCUGCCUGCUUGGAGCCACCUGGGCACUGUCCUUCCUCAGCUACGGCAGCUCUUCCAUGCCCAUGCUCGUCCUUGCUGCUAUCCUCAACUCCCUCCAAGGUGUUUUCAUCUUCGUCUGGCUGGUUGUCCUCUACUACCCAAGGGCGGAGGAGACCAGCAGCUCCCUCUCCCACAUCGUGAGGAACGACAGAACCAUGGCUGUGUCACAGGGAUAGCUGCUGGGCCUUCCCUCUCUGCCUGCCAGCUCCCAGCCCAAAGCACAUGGCUUCCUGGGAGAGCAAGGCCUGCAUGGGCGGCUGGGCACCCUGGCUGACCAGCGUGGCCCCUGCUCUCACCCACUCCUCAUUUUACUCUUUGGGGGGUGUGAUCUGCCCUAGCUGCCCUUUGGCUCCUGGGGGCCAGCUUGGUCCAAGGAGCUCCAGUCACCUCUCUCCCUUCUGCAUGCCCUCGGAAGUCUCAUUCCCCAGUGCCUCCUGCUGGAGCCUGCAAGCCAGCUGCAUUCAGCCUACAGCGUUACCCCAGCACAAGAGAGGGAAAUGGGCACUAGAUCAGCCUGGAGAUGCACAGCCAGCUGCACUCUGAGCUACACCAUGCCCUCCACACUGUAUGUGCAUACACGCACAUCAGCUCAGCCUCUCACAGAGAGCUGUUGUAUUGGCCAAUCUACGCCUGUGUUUUAGCAUUAAAACUCUGCUAGC